GUGCGUCGGGGUGGGCGGGGAAAGAUGUCGCUCCCGGAAGUGUUGGGCGGCAGGGCGUGGCUGCGGCUGCGGCUGCCACGUUGGAACGGAACGUGGAGGUGGCCCUGGCCCGGGAGGAGGGGCGGCGGCGAAUGCUGGGAGAGUCCGACGAGCGCUGCACUAACGCAGGAUCCGGCUGCCGAAGGUCCUCGCCAGGAUGAAGUUAAAGGAAGUAGACCGUACAGCCAUGCAGGCAUGGAGCCCUGCCCAGAAUCACCCCAUUUACCUAGCAACAGGAACAUCUGCUCAGCAAUUGGAUGCAACAUUUAGUACCAAUGCUUCCCUUGAGAUAUUUGAAUUAGACCUUUCUGAUCCAUCCUUGGAUAUGAAAUCUUGUGCCACAUUCUCCUCUUCUCACAGGUACCACAAGUUGAUUUGGGGGCCUUAUAAAAUGGAUUCCAAAGGAGAUGUCUCUGGAGUUGUGAUUGCAGGUGGUGAAAAUGGAAAUAUUAUUCUCUAUGAUCCUUCUAAAAUUAUAGCUGGAGACAAGGAAGUUGUGAUUGCCCAGAAUGACAAGCAUACUGGCCCAGUGAGAGCCUUGGAUGUGAACAUUUUCCAGACUAAUCUGGUAGCUUCUGGUGCUAAUGAAUCUGAAAUCUACAUAUGGGAUCUAAAUAAUUUUGCAACCCCAAUGACACCAGGAGCCAAAACACAGCCUCCAGAAGAUAUCAGCUGCAUUGCAUGGAACAGACAAGUUCAGCAUAUUUUAGCAUCAGCCAGUCCCAGUGGCCGGGCCACUGUGUGGGAUCUUAGAAAAAAUGAACCAAUCAUCAAAGUCAGUGACCAUAGUAACAGAAUGCAUUGUUCUGGGUUGGCGUGGCAUCCUGAUGUUGCUACUCAGAUGGUCCUUGCCUCCGAGGAUGACCGGUUACCAGUGAUCCAGAUGUGGGAUCUUCGAUUUGCUUCCUCUCCACUUCGUGUCCUGGAAAACCAUGCCAGGGGGAUUUUGGCAAUUGCUUGGAGCAUGGCAGAUCCUGAAUUGUUACUGAGCUGUGGAAAAGAUGCUAAGAUUCUCUGCUCCAAUCCAAACACAGGAGAGGUGUUAUAUGAACUUCCCACCAACACACAGUGGUGCUUCGAUAUUCAGUGGUGUCCCCGAAAUCCUGCUGUCUUAUCAGCUGCUUCGUUUGAUGGGCGUAUCAGUGUUUAUUCUAUCAUGGGAGGAAGCACAGAUGGUUUAAGACAGAAACAAGUUGACAAGCUUUCAUCAUCUUUUGGGAAUCUUGAUCCCUUUGGUACAGGACAGCCCCUUCCUCCAUUACAAAUUCCACAGCAGACUGCUCAGCAUAGUAUAGUGCUGCCUCUGAAGAAGCCGCCCAAGUGGAUUCGAAGGCCUGUUGGUGCUUCUUUUUCAUUUGGAGGCAAACUGGUUACAUUUGAGAAUGUCAGAAUGCCUUCUCAUCAGGGAGCUGAGCAGCAGCAGCAGCAGCACCAUGUGUUCAUUAGUCAGGUUGUAACAGAAAAGGAGUUCCUCAGCCGAUCAGACCAGCUUCAGCAGGCUGUGCAGUCACAAGGAUUUAUCAAUUAUUGCCAAAAAAAAAUUGAUGCUUCUCUGACUGAAUUUGAGAAAAAUGUGUGGUCCUUUUUGAAGGUAAACUUUGAGGAUGAUUCUCGUGGAAAAUACCUUGAACUUCUAGGAUACAGAAAAGAAGAUCUAGGAAAGAAGAUUGCUUUGGCCUUGAACAAAGUGGAUGAAGCCAGUGUGGCUCUUAAAGACUCUGACCAAGUAGCACAGAGUGAUGGGGAGGAGAGCCCUGCUGCUGAAGAGCAGCUCUUGGGAGAGCACAUUAAAGAGGAAAAAGAAGAAUCUGAAUUUCUACCCUCAUCUGGAGGAACAUUUAAUAUCUCCGUCAGUGGGGACAUUGAUGGUUUAAUUACUCAGGCUUUGCUGACGGGCAAUUUUGAGAGUGCUGUUGACCUUUGUUUACAUGAUAACCGCAUGGCCGAUGCCAUUAUAUUGGCCAUAGCAGGUGGACAAGAACUCUUGGCUCGAACCCAGAAAAAAUACUUCGCAAAAUCCCAAAGCAAAAUUACCAGGCUCAUCACUGCAGUGGUGAUGAAGAACUGGAAAGAGAUUGUUGAGUCUUGUGAUCUUAAAAAUUGGAGAGAGGCUUUAGCUGCAGUAUUGACUUACGCGAAGCCGGAUGAAUUUUCAUCCCUUUGUGAUCUUUUGGGAACCAGGCUUGAAAAUGAAGGAGAUAGCUUCCUGCAGACUCAAGCAUGUCUCUGCUAUAUUUGUGCAGGGAAUGUAGAGAAAUUAGUUGCAUGUUGGACUAAAGCUCAAGAUGGAAGCCACCCUUUGUCUCUUCAGGAUCUGAUUGAGAAAGUUGUCAUCCUGCGAAAAGCUGUGCAACUCACUCAAGCCAUGGACACUAGUACUGUAGGAGUUCUCUUGGCUGCGAAGAUGAGUCAGUAUGCCAAUUUGUUGGCAGCUCAGGGCAGUAUUGCUGCAGCCUUGGCUUUUCUUCCUGACAACACCAACCAGCCAAAUAUCAUGCAGCUUCGUGACAGACUUUGUAGAGCACAAGGAGAGCCUGUAGCAGGAUAUGAAUCACCUAAAAUUCCGUACGAGAAACAGCAGCUGCCCAAGGGCAGGCCUGGACCAGUUGCUGGCCACCACCAGAUGCCAAGAGUUCAAACUCAACAAUAUUAUCCCCAUGGAGAAAAUCCUCCACCUGCGGGUUUCAUAAUGCAUGGAAAUGUUAAUCCAAAUGCUGCUGGUCAGCUUCCCACAUCUCCAGGUCAUAUGCACACCCAGGUACCACCUUAUCCACAGCCACAGCCUUAUCAACCAGCCCAGCCGUAUCCCUUCGGAACAGGGGGGUCAGCAAUGUAUCGACCUCAGCAGCAUGUUGCUCCUCCUACUUCAAACGCUUACCCUAACACCCCUUACAUAUCUUCUGCUUCUUCCUAUACUGGGCAGUCUCAGCUGUACGCAGCACAGCACCAGGCCUCUUCACCUACCUCCAGCCCUGCUACUUCUUUCCCUCCUCCCCCUUCCUCUGGAGCAUCCUUCCAGCAUGGCGGACCAGGAGCUCCACCAUCAUCUUCAGCUUAUGCACUGCCUCCUGGAACAACAGGUACACUGCCUGCUGCCAGUGAGCUGCCUGCGUCCCAAAGAACAGAAAACCAGUCUAUCCAAGACCAGGCACCUAUGUUGGAAGGUCCUCAGAAUGGUUGGAAUGACCCUCCAGCUUUGAACAGAGUACCCAAAAAGAAGAAGAUGCCUGAAAACUUCAUGCCUCCUGUUCCCAUCACAUCACCAAUCAUGAACCCGUUGGGUGACCCCCAGUCACAGAUGCUGCAGCAACAGCCUUCAGCUCCAGUACCACUGUCAAGCCAGUCUUCAUUCCCACAGCCACAUCUUCCAGGUGGCCAGCAUUUCCAUGGCAUACAGCAACCUCUUGGUCAAACAGGCAUGCCACCAUCUUUUUCAAAGCCCAACAUUGAAGGUGCCCCAGGGGCUCCUAUUGGAAAUACCUUCCAGCAUGUGCAGUCUUUGCCAACAAAAAAAAUUACCAAGAAACCUAUUCCAGAUGAGCACCUCAUUCUAAAGACCACAUUUGAGGAUCUUAUUCAGCGCUGCCUUUCUUCAGCAACAGACCCUCAAACCAAGAGGAAGCUAGAUGAUGCCAGCAAACGUUUGGAGUUUCUGUAUGAUAAACUUAGGGAACAGACACUUUCACCAACAAUCACCAGUGGUUUACACAACAUCGCAAGGAGCAUUGAAACUCGAAACUACUCAGAAGGAUUGACCAUGCAUACCCACAUAGUUAGCACCAGCAACUUCAGUGAGACCUCUGCUUUCAUGCCAGUUCUCAAAGUUGUUCUCACCCAGGCCAAUAAGCUGGGUGUCUAAAAGGACAGCUUCUCUUCCACUCAAUAUUGCCAUUUUUCCAAAGAAACAUGUUAAAAAAAAAAAAUUAUAAGACAUGGACCAGUCCUCAUUAGCAUGUUUGCAUAGCAACCAGUCAAGAGCAUUUACACUAUUUCUGCCGAUAUACUCACCUUAGAACUGCUCAGAACCCUGGUGCUUUAUUUUUGUUUUAAUCUUUUGUUGCCAGUGAUGAUUUUCCUAUUCUGCAAAUAGUGUAUUUCCUGGAUUACACAUAGUAUGGUUUCCUGAAGUAUUCUGAUAAAUGUGUUUUUUAAAACCUCAAUAUACUUUUUAGAAAAGGAGCAUCUGGUUAUGCAUAAAGCAGAGCUAAAACUAAAUUUCUUUCGUGUCCUCCCUACUUCCUCAAUGUCAAUCAGAUUAAAGUGUGUAAUCCUA